AUGUCGUCUUCGUCGCGUCCUGUGACUCCCAACAUGAAUCUGAGACGCAGCAGUCGCCGGCAGCUGCGUCGGUCGUCUGGUGCGUAUCUUUUGAGUCAAUCACCCAAGAUCCACUAUCCUGUAGACGUCAAUCAGAUGCCACUAGAGUCUGCAGCUAACACUGAAAAGUUUGAGCGAUUGUCUGAUUCACUUGAAGAAUUGGACGCUAAUAUGAACAACUUGCUGCUGAUUCACGAUGCCAUUUCCAAUCAAUUCAAUGAACCUUUUGCUAGUUUUCUCUAUGGGAUUUCCAUGACGAUGUGGUGCGUAGAUUUUCCUGGAUGUCCAACUCGUCAGGCGUGGGAGCGACUUCAGAAACGAAAUGAGAUAGACAAGACUAUACGGGAAUUGAACACCCGUGUUAGCCAAGCCAAGGAAGAAAAUGAACUGUUGAAGAAGAAACUUGUAGAAAUAUCAAAGCCAGAACCGCUUAAAAGACCUCAACUAUCACAAAGUCAACCAAAGGCAAAUUUACAACAAUCACAAUUUCAAUCUUCAAGUAGAGCGUACAGAGGGACAAGGGCUCCUAGAGUUCCGUCUACUUUGCAACGUGGACGUGUCAAUGACGAAGACUCGUAUGCAUCUACUGAAGGAUCUUUUGUAGCAAAUCCUUCCACUGCCGGUGUGAAUCCAACAGCUAAUGCACCUUCAAGACUUCGGAACUCACGUUUUUCGAGAAUACCUCAACCCGCCAAGACAGCCAAUCGGAGCACUUCUCCAGAGAUCACAGUGACUUCUACGAAAAGAACAACUGGACCAAACUUGGACCAGCCACCUCGAUAUAUGAGAGGUUUAUUUGACUCCAGUAACACCACGAAGCAUACAAGUAGCACAACUCUGAGUAGAAGCGGAGCUAUUUCAAAACGUCAACCGGGCAAGAGCACCUUGGCUGCCAGACCCAGGUUUCGCUAA